AUGGCUUCACCAAGCAUCAUGUCGAAACACGACAACGUCAUUUGGCGACAAGACUUUGCAUUGGUUGUCUUCACCGCUCUUCUGGCUUGCGCCGCUGCAGCCCCUGGUCUACUGGUAGCCCAUACUCCAGUAGUCACCGCUGUCCACACAGCCCCUGUGGUACACGCCGCUGUACCCGUAGUGGCCGCAAAGACCACAGUUACGAAGAGCAGCCAAGUCGUCAACCAUGGUACACCACUCGUCGCUGCCCCAGUAGUCAUCAAGACCGCCGUACCCGUGGUACACGCUGCCCCAAUCGUCCACACCCCUGUUGUCCACGCCGUCCACACCCCAGUGGUGGUGAAGACAGCCCCUGCCGCUAUCGCUCACAGCACCUCAGUCGUUCACCACACACCCGUCGUUAAGACCGUCCCUCUGGUCGCUGUUCACUAA